AUGUCUGAUUCCGAUAAUCGUGUUAUUCUGAAUGUGGGUGGCAUUCGCCACGAAACUUACAAAGCUACUCUCAAGAAAAUUCCAGCUACACGUUUGUCACGUCUGACGGAAGCGUUGGCAAACUAUGAUCCAGUUCUAAAUGAAUAUUUCUUCGACAGACAUCCGGGCGUCUUCGCCCAGAUCCUCAAUUAUUACCGCACGGGAAAACUGCACUAUCCCACUGAUGUGUGCGGACCCCUAUUUGAGGAAGAAUUAGAAUUUUGGGGUCUUGACUCCAACCAAGUGGAACCCUGUUGCUGGAUGACUUACACUCAGCACAGAGACACACAAGAUGUACUCACUAUCUUGGAUCGACUGGAUCUAGAUACCGACAAACCGACAGAAGAGGAUAUUAUGAAGAAAUUCGGAUUGGAGGAUAGGUAUAAGGCUGGAGAUCUCAAUUGUUGGCAAAGAGUUCAACCCAAGAUUUGGGCUCUCUUCGACGAGCCAUAUUCUUCGACACCUGCAAAGGUUAUCUCCAUUGUGUCCGUUUUCUUCAUCGUUAUAUCUAUACUAUCCUUCUGCCUUAAGACUCAUCCUGAGAUGCGAGUUCCGGUCUUGCGCAAUGCGACAAAUUCAACCCCUUGGCAUUUGGAGAAGCAGAAGACCGAACCGCACGAGGCCUUCUUCUAUAUCGAGUGCGCAUGCAAUGCGUGGUUCACGUUUGAGAUUAUUAUCCGCUUAAUUGUGGCACCCAAUAAAUUCUACUUCAUGAAGGCCCCCGUCAACAUCAUCGACAUUGUGGCCACACUGUCGUUCUAUCUUGACUUUUUGCUCACGAAACUUAAACAGGAGAGCGACAUUCUCGAGUUUUUUAGUAUUAUUCGUAUCCUUCGUUUAUUCAAACUGACCCGCCAUUCUGCGGGAUUAAAAAUUCUCAUCCAUACUUUCAAAGCCAGUGCCAAGGAAUUAUCUCUUCUAAUCUUUUUCUUGGUUCUGGGUAUUGUAAUUUUCGCUGCCCUUAUAUUUUACGCUGAACGGAUAGAAUACAACCCAAACAAUGACUUUGAUAGCAUCCCCGUUGGUCUGUGGUGGGCAAUUGUGACAAUGACCACAGUAGGAUAUGGGGAUAUGGCCCCCAAGACGUAUGUAGGUAUGUUUGUGGGGGCAUUAUGUGCUCUAGCUGGUGUGUUGACGAUAGCUCUACCGGUCCCAGUUAUAGUAAGCAACUUCGCGCUUUUUUACUCACACACACAGGCCCGAUCGAAACUGCCCAAGAAACGUCGACGAGUGUUACCAGUGGAAGCUCCCAGACCAAAAGUACCGAAAGGACCUGGUGUCCCAGGAGGAGGUGUGGGCCCAGCAAAUAGGAGGAUGAACGCCAUAAAACAUAAUCAUCCUCCCGGGUCGUUGGACGCUAAGAUGGCCCGUAUAGGUAAUCUUUCCUUCCUUCUUUUAAGACUGAAGCAACUACAUUCUUUUUUUCUACUUCCUCUCUCUCUGUGUUUUGCUCUUCUUCCUUUUAUUUCCCCCUCUCUUUCUUCUGUAUGUUUGCUGCUAUUCUACCCUCUCUUAUCCAUUUUCAACUCCUCUAAAUUCUUAUUCUUCUCUUUUUUUCUAUCAUCUCUCUCACCUAUUUAUAUUGUAUUUUGUUUGACACUUUCUUCUUCUCGUUCUUCUUCACGUUUUUCUAUCAUUCUCUCUCUCUCUCUCUCUCUCUCUCUCCUAUUUGUAUUUCGUUUGACACUUUCUUCUUCUUUUUCUUCUUCUCUUUUUUCUAUCAUCUCUCUCUGCUAUUUAUAUUGUAUUUCGUUUGACACUUUCCUUUUCUUCUUUUUCUUCUUCUUCUACUACUACUACUUCUACUUGAAGUAUCUUCAAUCCACAUUUCCGGGCUAA